AUGGCGCGGCGGAGGCGCAGGGCGGAGGCUGUCGCUGGAGGAGGCUUUGCUGCCCGAGUAGAUGCCUAUGCCCAGCAGAAGCCAUGUGCGUGGGGGGCGCUGUGUGACCCUGCCCCUGCUCCCGCAGGCGACCGGCUGCAAGGCGUGACCAUCCUCCCCCCUCUGAGGACGGUGCCGGUGGUUCGAGCCCUGAACCCCGCACACAAUGGGCGGGUGUGCAGCACCUGGGGCGACUUCCACUAUAAGACCUUCGACGGGGACGUCUUCCGCUUCCCGGGCCUGUGCAACUAUGUCCUCUCCGCGCACUGUGGGGCCGCCUACGAGGACUUCAACGUCCAGGUCCGCCGCAGCCUGGAGUCCAAUGUUACCACGCUGGCCAGAGUCACCAUGAAGCUGGAUGGCAUGGUCAUCGAGUUGACCAAGAGCUCCAUCCGGGUCAACGGGCUCCCAAUCCAGCUGCCUUUUAGCCAGUCUGGUGUCAUCAUCGAGCACAGCAGCAGCCACCUGAAGGUGGUGGCCAGGCUGGGCCUGGUCUUCAUGUGGAGCCAGGACGACAGUCUCCUGCUGGAGCUGGACGCCAAGUACUCGAACCAGACCUGCGGGCUCUGUGGAGACUUUAACGGUGUGCCUGUCUUCGACGAGUUCCUCUCCCACGGUGUCAAGCUGACCCCCAUCGAGUUCGGGAAUCUGCAGAAGUUGCACGGCCCCACGGAGCAGUGUCAGGACCCUGCACCUGUGCCCCCGCUGACUUGCUCACUGGGCACCGGCAUCUGUGAGGAGAUCCUGAGCAGCUGGCCCUUCCGGGGCUGCAACGCCCUGGUGGACGCCAGCAGCUACGUGCAGGCCUGCCGGCAAGACCUCUGCCUGUGCGAGCACGCCGAGCUGACCAGCUGCGUCUGCCAUACGGUCGCCGAGUACUCCCGCCAGUGCGCCCACGCCGGGGGGCGGCCCCUGGACUGGCGCGGCCCCGACCUGUGCCCCCAGACGUGCCCCCUCAACAUGCAGUACCGCGAGUGCGGCUCACCCUGUGCGGACACCUGCUCCAACCCGGAGCACUCCCAGCUCUGCGAGGACCACUGCAUGGCCGGCUGCUUCUGCCCCGAGGGGACGGUGCUCGAUGACAUUGGCCAGACGGGCUGCAUCCCCGCACCCCAGUGCGCCUGCGUGUACAACGGGGCCACCUAUGCUCCGGGGGCUGUCUACUCCACAGACUGUGCCAACUGCACCUGCUCCAGCGGCCGGUGGAGCUGCCAGGAGGUGCCAUGUCCUGGCACCUGCUCGGUGCUGGGGGGCGCCCACUUCUCCACGUUCGAUGAGAGGCAGUACACAGUGCACGGAGACUGCAGCUACGUGUUGGCCAAGCCCUGUGACAGCAGCGCCUUCACUGUGCUGGCGGAGUUGCGCAGGUGCGGCCUGACGGACAGUGAGACUUGCCUGAAGAGCCUGACCUUGAGCCUGGAUGGGGGGCACACGGUCAUCGUGGUCAAGGCCAGCGGGGAGGUGUUUGUGAACCAGAUCUACACCCAGAUGCCCGUCUCAGCAGCCAACGUCACGCUCUUCAGACCCUCAACCUUCUUCAUCAUCGCCCAGACCAACCUGGGUCUGCAGCUGGACAUCCAGCUGGUACCCGCCAUGCAGGUGUUCCUGAGGCUGGCGCCCGAGCUCCGCGGGCUGACCUGCGGCCUGUGCGGGAACUUCAACCAGAACCAGGCCGAUGACUUCCGGACCCUCAGCGGCGUGGUGGAGGGCACGGCCGCCGCCUUCGCCAACACCUGGAAGACCCAGGCCGCCUGCCCCAACGUCAAGAACAGCUUCGAGGACCCCUGCUCCCUCAGCGUGGAGAACGAGAAGUACGCUCAGCAUUGGUGCUCCCAACUGAAGGACCCCCACGGCCCCUUCGCCCAGUGCCACGCUGCCGUGAGCCCCGGCACUUACCACUCGAACUGCAUGUUCGACACGUGCAACUGUCAGAAGAGCGAGGACUGUCUGUGUGCGGCCCUGUCUUCCUAUGUGCGCGCCUGUGCCGCCAAGGGGGUGCUGCUCAGAGGCUGGAGGGACGGCGUGUGCACGAAGCCCAUGGCCACCUGCCCGAAGUCGCUGACCUACCACUACCACAUCAGCACCUGCCAGCCCACCUGCCGGGCCCGGAGUCACGAGGACGUCACCUGCGGCAUCCGCUUUGUCCCUGUGGACGGCUGCGCCUGCCCCCAAGGCACCUUCAUGGACGAAGCGGGCAAGUGUGUGCCGGCCACCAGCUGUCCCUGCUACCACGAGGGCUCCGUGGUCCCCAACGGGGAGUCGCUGCACGAGCGUGGGGCCAUCUGCACUUGCACGCAAGGCUUGCUGAGCUGCAUCGGAGGCCACACCCCUGCCCCAGUCUGCACCCCGCCCAUGGUCUACGUCGACUGUCGCAAUGCCACACCGGGGGCCGCCGGGGCCGGCUGUCAGAAGAGCUGCUUCACCUUGGACAUGGAGUGUUACAGCUCCCGGUGCGAGCCCGGCUGCGUGUGCCCCGAUGGGCUGGUGGCCGACGGUGAAGGCGGCUGCGUCGCCGUGGAGGACUGUCCCUGUGUGCACGACGAGGCCAGCUACCUGCCCGGCCAGACCAUCCGGGUGGGCUGCAACACCUGCACCUGUAAAAGCAGGAUGUGGCAGUGCACACGUGAGCCCUGCCUGGCCACCUGCACGGUGUAUGGGGACGGCCACUACAUCACCUUCGAUGGACGGAGCUACAGCUUUAGCGGCGACUGCGAGUACACACUGCUUCAGGACCACUGUGGUGGGAACAGCACUGCCAACGGGACCUUCCGAGUCGUCACGGAGAACGUCCCCUGCGGGACCACGGGCGUCACCUGCUCCAAGGACCUCAAGCUCUUCCUGGGGAGCUACGAGCUGAAGCUGAGUGGCGGCAAAGUGGAGGUGAUCCAGAAGGGCGUGGGGCAGGAGGCCCCCUACUCCAUCCGCCAGAUGGGCAUCUACCUGGUGGUGGACACCGAGGUCGGCCUGGUGCUGCUGUGGGACAGGAAGACCAGCAUCUUCCUCAAACUCAGCCCCGAGUUCAAGGGCCGGGUCUGCGGGCUGUGCGGGAACUUUGACGACAACGCCGUCAAUGACUUCACCACGCGGAGCCAGUCCGUGGUGGGCAACGCCCUGGAGUUUGGCAACAGCUGGAAAUUCUCCCCGUCCUGCGCCGACGCCCCGGCCCCCAGGGACGCCUGCACCGCCAACCCGCACCGCAAGUCCUGGGCCCAGAAGCAGUGCAGCGUCCUCAACAGCGCCACCUUCGCCGCCUGCCACGCCCACGUGGAGCCCGCCAAGUACUAUGAGGCCUGCGUGGGCGACGCGUGUGCCUGUGACUCCGGGGGCGACUGUGAGUGUCUCUGCACGGCCGUGGCCGCCUACGCCCAGGCCUGCCACGACGUGGGCGUGUGCGUGUCCUGGCGGACCCCGGACAUCUGCCCCUUGUUCUGCGACUACUACAACCGCGAGGGCCAGUGCGAGUGGCACUACCAGCCCUGCGGCCCGCCCUGCAUGAGGACCUGCAGGAACCCGAGCGGCCGCUGCCUGACCGACCUGCCGGGCCUGGAAGGCUGCUACCCCAAGUGCCCGCCAGAAGCCCCCAUCUUCGACGAGGACCGGAUGCAGUGUGUGGCCACGUGCCCCACGCCCCCCCCGCCGCCGCCCUGCCGCGUCCAAGGCAAGUCAUACCGGCCGGGGGAGAUGGUGCCGUCUGACAGGAACUGCCAGUCCUGCGUCUGCAGCGAGAGUGGGGUGCAGUGCGUCUACGACACCGAGGCCUGUGUCUGCACCUAUGACGGGCGGCGGUUCCGCCCAGGGGACGUCAUCUACCACACGACCGACGGCACGGGGGGCUGCAUCUCCGCCCGCUGCUCGGCCAACGGCACCAUCGACAGGAGGGUCUACCCCUGCAGCCCCACCACCCCCACGCCACCAACCACCUUCUCCUUCUCCACAUCCCCGCUCGUCGUGAGCUCAACACGUCCAGCCCACACGUGCCACAGCCCUGCCAAGAGCACGGUGCGGCCCAGCACUCGGAGCGGUGUCCCUGCCUCCACCCCGGGCACGACCUCCGGUCCUCCCACGAGACCUCCCCGGCCCCGCCAGGCCUGUGGGGAAGAUUGCCGGUGGUCACCGUGGCUGGACGUCAGUCACCCGGGACGGGGCAUCGACAGCGGUGACUUCGACACGCUGGAGAACCUCCGUGCCCACGGGCACCAGGUCUGCCCGGCGCCGAAGAGGGUGGAGUGUCGGGCUGAGGACGCCCCCGAGGUACCGAUCCAGGUCCUGGGGCAGCACGUGGAGUGCAGCCCAGUGCGGGGCCUGACCUGUUACAACCGCAAGCAGGCUUCGGGGCUCUGCCACAACUACCAGAUCAGGGUCCAGUGCUGCUCCCCCCGUACCUGCCCUACCUCUGGCGGUCAAACCCAGACCACCACACCUGUCCCAGGGACCACUGAAACCACCACAAGUACCUCUACACCUGUCCCAAGCACUCCUACACCUGUCCCAGGGACCACUGAAACCACCCCGAGUACCUCUACACCUGUCCCAGGGACCACUACAAUCACCACAAGUACCCCGACACCUACCCCAAGUACCCCUACACCUGUCCCAGGGACCACUGAAACCACCCCGAGUACCUCUACACCUGUCCCAGGGACCACUACAAUCACCACAAGUACCCCGACACCUACCCCAAGUACCACUACACCUCCUUGUUUACAAAAGUUGUGCAACUGGACCCAAUGGUUCGACAGCAGCUACCCUGGUCCUGGUAUAAAUGGCGGAGAUUUCGACACUUUUCAUGACUUGAGAGCCAAAGGAUAUAAAUUCUGUGAAAAGCCCAGCAACGUGGAGUGUAGGGCACAGUUCUUCCCAAACAUCCCACUGGAGGAGCUGGGACAGGACUUGAUCUGUGACAAGAGCCUGGGGCUGUUAUGCCUCAACAGGAACCAGUUGCCACCGAUCUGUUAUAACUACGAAAUCCGGAUCGAGUGCUGCGAGCUGGUGGAUGUGUGCAGAAGCACCACACACCCUGUGACGUCUGAGACCACGUAUUCCACCCGAGAGGAAACCGGGACCCAGACACAGCUUACCUGGACCACUGGAAUCCCCUCGUCUCCCACACGGCACAGCACCGUCAGCUCCGUGCACACGCACCCCACAACCACCGUCACAACCGGCACACACUCAGUCUCCCCAGCCGUGACCAUCCCCUGCCAGCCACAGUGCAGGUGGACCAAGUGGUUCGAUGUGGACUUCCCGUCCCCAGGGCCCCACGGAGGAGACGCGGAAACCUUCGGCAACAUCGCCAGAAGGGGAGAGAAAAUCUGUCGCCGGCCCGAGUACAUCACGCGGCUGGAGUGCCGGGCCGAGAGCCACCCCGAGGUCAGCAUCGAGACGCUGGGCCAGGUGGUAGAGUGCAACGUCAGCAAGGGCCUGGUGUGCCGGAACCGUGACCAGGGCGGCGAUGUCGGGAUGUGCCUCAACUACGAGGUCCGCGUGCUGUGCUGUGAGCCCCCGGAGUACUGCUCUACCCACAAAACUGUCGGAGUAUCUCACACUUCAAGCGUUAGCACCACCAGGCUAACUGAGACCAUCUCCCACCUGGUGACAUCCAGCUCAACCUCCGUGCCGAAAACCAGCUCAACCUCGGUGACAGAAACCAGCCCAACCUCGGUGACAGAAACCAGCUCAACCUCUGUAACAGAAACCAGCUCAACCUCGGUGACAGAGACCAGCUCAACCUCGGUGACAGAAACCAGGCCAACCUCAGUGACAGAAACCAGGCCAACCUCGGUGACAGAAACCAGCCCAACCUCGGUGACAGAAACCAGCUCAACCUCAGUGACAGAAACCAGGCCACCCUCAGUGACAGAAACCAGCUCAACCUCGGUGACAGAAACCAGCCCAACCUCAGUUACAGAGACCAGCUCAACCUCGGUGACAGAAACCAGCCCAACCUCAGUGACAGAAACCAGCCCAACCUCGGUGACAGAAACCAGCCCAACCUCGGUGACAGAAACCAGCUCAACCUCGGUGACAGAAACCAGGCCAACCUCAGUGACAGAAACCAGGCCAACCUCAGUGACAAAAACCAGGCCAACCUCAGUGACAGAGACCAGCUCAACCUCGGUGACAGAAACCAGCUCAACCUCGGUGACAGAAACCAGCCCAACCUCAGUGACAGAAACCAGCCCAACCUCGGUGACAGAAACCAGCUCAACCUCGGUGACAGAAACCAGCGCAACCUCGGUGACAGAAACCAGCCCAACCUCGGUGACAGAAACCAGCUCAACCUCGGUGACAGAAACCAGGCCAACCUCGGUGACAGAAACCAGCUCAACCUUGGUGACAGAAACCAGGCCAACCUCAGUGACAGGAACUAGGCCAACCUCGGUGACAGAAACCAGCCCAACCUCGGUGACAGAAACCAGCUCAACCUCGGUGACAGAAACCAGGCCAACCUCGGUGACAGAAACCAGCUCAACCUCGGUGACAGAAACCAGGUCAACCUCGGUGACAGAAACCAGGCCAACCUUGGUGACAGAAACCAGCCCAACCUCGGUGACAGAAACCAGCCCAACCUCGGUGACAGAAACCAGGCCAACCUCAGUGACAGAAACCAGCCCAACCUCGGUGACAGAAACCAGCCCAACCUCGGUGACAGAAACCAGCUCAACCUCGGUGACAGAAACCAGCCCAACCUCAGUGACAGAAACCAGGCCAACCUCGGUGACAGAAACCAGCUCAACCUCGGUGACAGGAACCAGCCCAACCUCGGUGACAGAAACCAGCUCAACCUCGGUGACAGAAACCAGCCCAACCUCGGUGACAGAAACCAGCUCAACCUCAGUGACAGAAACCAGCUCAACCUCGGUGACAGGAACCAGCUCAACCUCGGUGACAGAAACCAGGCCAACCUCGGUGACAGAAACCAGCUCAACCUUGGUGACAGAAACCAGGCCAACCUCAGUGACAGGAACUAGGCCAACCUCGGUGACAGAAACCAGCCCAACCUCGGUGACAGAAACCAGGCCAACCUCGGUGACAGAAACCAGCCCAACCUCGGUGACAGAAACCAGCUCAACCUCGGUGACAGAAACCAGCCCAACCUCGGUGACAGGAACCAGCUCAACCUCGGUGACAGAAACCAGCCCAACCUCGGUGACAGGAACCAGGCCAACCUCGGUGACAGAAACCAGCUCAACCUCGGUGACAGAAACCAGGCCAACCUCGGUGACAGAAACCAGCUCAACCUUGGUGACAGAAACCAGCCCAACCUCGGUGACAGAAACCAGCCCAACCUCGGUGACAGAAACCAGCCCAACCUCUGAGCCCAAACGCAGCACAACCUCUGGUCCUACAAUCAGCACAAGCCCUGUUCUCAAAACUGAAACAACCCACUUCACACCCGUGACCAUCCCCUGCCAGCCACAGUGCAGGUGGACCAAGUGGUUCGACGUGGACUUCCCGUCCCCAGGGCCCCACGGAGGAGACGCGGACACCCUCGGCAACAUCGUCAGAAGGGGAGGGAAAAUCUGUCGCCGGCCCGAGUACAUCACGCGGCUGGAGUGCCGGGUCGAGAGCCACCCCGAGGUCAGCAUCGAGACGCUGGGCCAGGUGGUAGAGUGCAACGUCAGCAAGGACCUGAUGUGCCGGAACCGGGACCAGAGUGGCGACGUCGGGAUGUGCAACUACGAGGUCCGCGUGCUGUGCUGUGAGCCCCCGGAGCACUGCCCUCGUACUUCUGUGACGCCUUACACGACUCCAUCUACCAAGCCCUCGUCGCCUCCAGAACCGACCUCCGUGGUGUCCACCACGACAUGUUACUGCAGUGUGUCUGACAAGUUCUACCCCGCAGGAUCCAUCAUUUACAACCGGACCGACCUCGACGGCCACUGCUAUUACGCCACGUGCAGCCUGGACUGCCACGUGGUCAGGACGCACUACACCUGUGCCAGCGGCACAACACCUCCCGUCCCAACCACCUCCCCGGCCGGGUCCUCCCCUUCAGCCUCCGCGCCCGUCACCGCGCAGGGAUGCCCAAACGCGGUCCCCCCAAGAAGGAAAGGCGAGACCUGGGCCAUGCCCAACUGCUCUCGGGCCACCUGCGAGGGCAACGGCGUCAUCACCCUGCAGCCACGGCCGUGCCCGCAGGUGCAGCGGCCGACGUGCGCCAACGGCUACCCGCCCGUGGAGGUGGUCGACCCCGACAGCUGCUGCCCGCACUACCAGUGCCAGUGUGUGUGCAGCGGCUGGGGCGACCCCCACUACAUCACCUUCGACGGCACCUACUACACGUUCCUGGACAACUGCACGUACGUGCUGGUGCAGCAGAUCCUACCCGUGUACGGCCACUUGCGCGUGCUCAUCGACAACUACUUCUGCGGGGCGGAGGACGGGCUCUCCUGCCCGCAGUCCAUCAUCGUCGAGUACCGGCAGGACCGCGUCGUGCUGACCCGCAAGCCCGUGCUCGGGGUGAUGACCAACGAGAUCGUCUUCAACGACAAAGUGGUCAAGCCCGGCUUCCAGAAGGACGGCGUGAGCAUCUCCCAGAUCGGCAUCAAGAUGUACCUGACCAUCCCCGAGCUCGGCGUCCAGGUCAUGUUCUCCGGCCUCAUCUUCUCGGUGGAGCUGCCUUUCAGCAAGUUCGCCAACAACACCGAGGGGCAGUGUGGCACCUGCACCAAUGACAAGAAGGAUGAGUGCCGUCUCCCCGGGGGCACCGUGGUGCCCUCCUGCUCUGAUAUGUCCGGCCACUGGAAGGUGACGACGCCCCACCAGCCACCCUGCCACGGGCCACCCCCGAAGCCCACUGCAGUCGGGCCCACGCCCUCGCCCACCCCCUGCCUGCCUUCGCCGAUCUGCCAGCUGAUUCUGAGCGAGGUCUUCGAGCUGUGUCACCCUCUGAUCCCCCCGCUGGCAUUCUACCAAGGCUGCACCUUCGACCACUGCCACCUGAACGACUCCAGCGUGCUGUGCUCUAGCCUGGAGCUGUAUGCGUCCCUCUGCACCUCCCGAGGCGUGUGCAUCGACUGGAGGCGCCACACCAACCACACGUGCUCGUUCACCUGCCCUGCUGACAAGGUGUACCGGCCGUGUGGCCCGUCCAAGCCCUCAUACUGCUAUGGGAGUGACAACACCAGCCUCGUGGCUCUUCAGGACACUGUCCCCAUCACAGAAGGCUGCUUCUGUCCAGAGAACAUGACGCGUUUCAGCAUGAGCUCUCCAGUCUGCGUGCCUGCGGACUGCCACCGGUGCCUGGGCCCCCACGGGGAGGCUGUGGAGCCCGGCCACACCAUCAGCGUGGACUGCCGGCGGUGCACCUGUGAGAGCAGCACGCUGACAAUGAGCUGUCACAGGCAGCCCUGCCCCCUGCCCCCAGCCUGCCCCCUGCCCGGCUUCGUGCCUGUGCCUGCAGCCCCGCAGGCCGGCCAGUGCUGCCCCCAGUACAACUGCGCCUGUGACACCAGCUACUGCCCCAAGUCCGUGGCCUGUCCCGAGGGCUCCCACCCGGUCGUGACCUAUAAGGAGGGGGCCUGCUGCCCCAGCCAGAACUGCAGCUGGGACGUCUGCAGCGUUAACGGUACCUUGUACCAGCCCGGCUCCGUGGUCUCCUCCAGUCUGUGCGAAACGUGCAGGUGUGAGGUGUCCAGCAGUCCCCAGUUGGACACGGUCGUCAUCAGCUGUGAGACCCAGAUUUGCAACACCCACUGCCCCGCGGGCUUUAAGUAUCAGGAGCAGAGUGGGCAGUGCUGUGGCCUGUGUGUGCAGCAGGCCUGUGUCGUGAACGCCAGUGACAGUUCCACCCGCAUCUUCUAUCCCGGCCAGUCCUGGCCAGACCCCACGAACCCAUGUGUGACCCACGAGUGUGAGAAGCACCGGGACGGGCUCGUGGUGGUGACCAGGAGGAAGGCGUGUCCCCCACUCAACUGCCCUGCGGCCCAGGCCCAGCUGAGUGAGGACGGCUGCUGUCUCGCCUGUCCCCCGCCCCAACCUCGGAACCAGUCGGCCUGUGCCGUAUACUACAAGCGUGAGGUCAUCGUGCAUGGAGAUUGCAGGUCCCCACGGCCCACGAGGGUAGCCUACUGCCAGGGCAACUGCGGGGACAGCAGUGCCAAGUACUCGCUGGAGGCCAACACCAUAGAGCGGAACUGCAGCUGUUGCAGGGAGCUGCGGGUUUUGCCGACGACAGUGACCCUGCGCUGCAAGGACGGCUCCAGCCGAACCUUCGGCUACACCCUGGUGAAGGAGUGCGGCUGUGUGGGGCAGCAGUGCGGCCCCCGCGGCAACCUAAGCCAUUCGGAGGAGCCGGGGCCCGUGCAGAGUGACGAGGAGCAGAGCCAGGAGACGGGGCACACGGGCUGGAGGAGGGGGUCCAGCAGCCCUCGGAGCUCCCGGCCACCUCCCUCCGGGACCCAGCGAUGAGGGUCCCGUUCCCCGUAGCCCCAGCUCCAAGGCCGGUGGGACCUCGGUCCAGGCGGCCCGAGAUCAGGAUGCACUGCCCGCCCCGCUCUUCCGUCUGUCUGCAGGGUCCACGGCCCUUGGAAGUGUGACGGCCCCGAGGGACCCGGGCGGGCGGGGCUCCUCUGGCCACGGGUCCGGUCUGCUUUUCCCCGGACGUAAGCAUCACGGAAGGGUCUUAUCAAUGACGGCCACUUGGAUGUGGUGCCCGGCCAUUCGGCUGGCCACCGGGAGGCAGAGCCUCACCCCGACCUUGGCCCUGGGCCUCGGGAAAUGGCCAACUGGUUCCAUAAAUACAUCUGGAGCAUUUUGCACCUUGC